GCAGGAAUUCUUAAUUUGACAGCUGACUUGUAGAUUUGUUUUCGUCAUCAGUUUAUUCUUGCUGCCGAAUACAGUGUUUUCAUUUUACAGUUUCAACAUUAAAAAAUUCGAUUAAUGGGUUGUCACCGAAAUGUCUUGGCUAACCGAUUUGGCAGGAAAAGCCGAAGAUUUUCUCGUAAAAAUUGACAAAAAUGCUGCAGUUGCUGCUCAGUCAGUGCUUGUAACAAAAGAACGUGUCACUCCCAACCAAUCGAGACGUGACUCUGGUGCAUCUGUAGCUUCGGAUUUCUCUUCUAACCAUGGGCAACAAACUGGGCCAGCUGCUGCUAACUUUAAAAAUAGUAUUUCAAUGUCUGAUCUUUCCAAAGCAGGCAAAUCCAAACCUGAUCUUGAUGCUACUCUAAUGGCUUCACUCAACACAAAUAGUGAUGUACUGGAUGUUUCUACUAACAUCACAUCAGCAAGUUCUAGCACCUACUCAAAUGGUGAUUUAAGUCUCAGCCAAGAAAAUAGUUUGCUAAAACAGGAGAUAAAAUCACUUAAUCAAGAAAUAAGGCAAUCUAUGCAACAUGCAAAACAAGCCCAAAAAGAAGCCAAAGUUGCUGAACAGCAGUUAAAAAGUCAAGCAACUGCAGUCCAGUUAGUUGAACAACAACUGUCAUCUUUAAGAAAAGAGAACAUGGCCUUAGCUGACCAAAUCCUUGACAAGGAUGCUGAACUAACUACUCUGAAGGGAAAAAUAGAGGCAGUUCAUGUUGAACAGGAAUAUCAAACAAAGUUGGAACAAAUCCAAACACAGCUGGAAACAGAGUCUCAGAAGAGACAAUCUCUUGAAGUUGAAAUUAAACUUCAAUGGAACCAAAUGGAAAAGGAGCGUUGCAACUUAUUAGCUGAAUCACAGCAAUAUCAGUAUCAACUGCAGACAGCUAGAGAAGAACUAGAAGUAGUUCAUCAAUCAUUAAAUGAAUAUAAACUUCGGGCUCAAAGGAUUUUACAGGAUAAGGAUAGACUAUUGCAAGACAUCAAACAACAGAAAACAGUUGAAAGCUUCCAGCUUCCUAGUGAACUGUUAAUGGCAGAGUUGGAUCAACUUCAACAAGAACGGGAUCUUCUACGUGAAGAAACAGUCCAGUCUAAUUCUCAACUACAACAAUGUAGAAAAGAAAUUGCACGUCUUGAAGCGAGGUAUGAAGGGGAAAUUCGUCAAAUUCGUGAAGUUAGCAGUCUUGCAGAAACUAAAAUGCUAGAGGAGCGAGCAAAAAAAGAACUGGUAGAAAACGAACUACGACAGUUAGACGAAGAGUUGCGUUAUGUCCGCGAAGAUCUUUCUCAACAAAAAGUACAGUCAGCAGGUAGAAUCCAACAGCUCGAAAUUGAAUUGAGCAAAGUGAGGAACCAACUGACUAGUAAACAAAAUAAUUCCAGAACACCAUCUGAAGAUGAGCUUGAACAACGACUUCGAACGUUAACGGAGACUUUAAUUGCAAAACAAGCCGUGUUGGAAAAAGUGCAGUCUGAGCGUAGUUCAUUGCUGCUCCAGCUGGAAAGAGCUACGAAAGAGCGGACUAGUAAUGGAACGCCAUCGGAGAAUGAAACUUCAACACGCGUUCUGCUCAAUAUAACUGAUGAUGAGUUGGCGAAAGUAACGACGGGGGUUUCUCGACGAAUGCGCCAUGCCUAUUCAAGCUUGGAUUCCUUAAAUUUUCGAUUCGGUCAGGCCUUACGUCGACGGCCUGCCGCUCGUCUGGUGCUCUUUUUCUAUAUGGUGAUGCUUCAUUUUUGGGUUGCUUUUGUGCUUUUAACAUAUACACCAGAGAUGCAUGAAUCAAACCAUUCUACUUCCCCUUGAUGAAAAAAUAUUUUUGGUACACCCCAUUUCUUGAACUUUGACUGCAAAUAUGUCCUAGAUUUAUGUGAUAAUCACUCGGUUGUUGAAUACACUUUUUUGAUGGUUA